AUGCAAGCAAUUGCAUUCGCAUCCGCUCCUUUUGUGGAAUUGAGCGAUAUACAGAAGGCAGGGUUCAGUUCCCGGAGAGCUUGUCGAAAAGCAUUCUAUAACAAGACUAGGCUAUUAUAUGACUUUGACGUUGAGACCGACAAGCUGACCAUCGUCCAAGCGGUUCUUCUCCUGGCAUAUUGGAGCGAGAAACCAGGAGAUAACAAGGGUGCGUACUAUUGGACUGGGAUAGCAAUUGCUCUUGUACAGACUUUAGGCCUUCACAGGAAAGGGGAAUACAACAAUCAAUUACAGGAAACGAAGCUUCUCAAAAGAGUAUGGUGGUCUUGUUACGUUCGGGAUCGAAUGCUGGGGCUUGCGAUGGGGCGGCCACUUCGCAUCCAGGACACUGAGCUCGAUACUCCACCACUGACUCUUCAAGACUUCGAUAUCAUAAGUACAUCCGAUGAAUCAAAUGCAAUGAUUCCAAGCACGAAUGAUCAGAUCGCCCUGGCAGAAAUUUUCAUCAGCAUGGUAGAGGUUUGGAACAUGGGCGGCAGAGUCCUUUCUCUGCAUUUUUCUGUCCUCCAAGCUGAAUGCAACACUUCAACAGCCAAGGGAGAUGACGGAUCGAGCGCAACAAUGCUGUUCCUCAAGAGCACACCAUCUGACCCCGCACUAGUACAAUUAUACGACGAUCAGCUGCAGACAUUCUACAGCACUCUUCCAACAUCUUGUUCCCAUUCAUUUUCACUCGAUCAGAACAUCACUAGUUCCAGUGUCUCUACCAACGCUGGGUACUUACAUAUCGUCUUCUGGUCCGUGGUCUCAGCACUACAUAGACCACAACUGCGAUCUUGGGAUAAAGCAUUAUCUCUCAAGCGAGUAGAAGAAGCAGCUAUAGAAGUCGCAAGAGUCGACCGAAAAUUAUACGAAUUAGGUCGAGAUCGAUAUCUGCCCGCCACAGCCGCAAUUCCGUUUCAGAUCACAGCAUUCAUCAUUCAUACAAAGCGGCUUCAGUACAAGAAAACGGAUGAUGUAGCAGAAGUGCUUGAGUCUCUCUUCUUCUGUGUCAAGGUGAUCGAGAAAGGCCGAGAGGCUUUUCCUGGAGGCGACGAUUCAGUCGAUUUCCUCCAAUUCAUUGCAUUUACAGCAAAUGUUACCUUGUUGUUCGACUCGCAAUCCAGGUUAUGGGGAGUCGAGUACGGCGGCGUUCAUGUCUGCCCAGGAAGCCGCCAGGUCAGUCAAGACUCAAAUCUCUCGCAACGAGGACUUGGGGAUGCCCUGCCUGAAGCUGUUUCGUCAGAUGCCAUCUUCGCUAGUCAUUUACAGACACCUGACACCGCGGGAGCUACCGAGAGCAUCGAUCCCAAAGCUUUUUCGUUUGAUGAUGUGGAUGCGGUGAAUUGGGAUAGUCUUGCAGAUUUCCUGCCAGGAUGCAGUGUGGACUAUGAUUUCUCUAGCCCAACGGCGAACGUAAACUUCACGUGA